AUGGAGAAUUCGUGUCCAGGGGAGGCGAGAACGCCACCACGAAAUUCUAACGAUGGCGGGGGAGGGGUUGAGGCAAUUCUCACCAUGCAAACCAUGUCACCACUUGACAAAGUUCGUCAGUUCUUCGAGGAGCAGGAGGUUCAACUGCAAACUACAGCGGGUGAUGAGCAAACCAAUACUAACCCUCUGUUGGAUGAUGUGUUAGACACUGAGCCAAUACGGGGUGAGUUGUUCCUCUCUGAUGAAGUGGAGGCAGAUGAGGUUACUGCCUCGCACGUUGAUCCGCAACAGAAAAAAAGAAAGAGGCAGGGCACUGCCAGUGGAGAGAAGGGGCGAAAAGAGUCCAGAAAGGCACGGCGGGCAACUGCUUCCGACGACACUGUUCAUAAGAGCAGCAAAUACCGCGAAAAGGAGGAUGCAAAGCCAAUGGUUUUGUUCCGUCAGUCGCAAAAGGCCCUCCGUAAGGAAGCGAGGCAUGUGAGUAUGAAGGAGGUUCUCUGCCGUUCUUUGCCUGGUCUUAACGAUGGGAUAAACGAGCGAAGUAAUUUAUUUACUCCAUCAGGCGUAUCACAAGCGUCUUCCACAUGGUCGUCAGCAGUGGCGGCAGACAUAACCAACCGAUUCCUCUCCAACGUCCAGCAAAAGAAAAAAGAAACCUUUGAGCGGUUGCUGCAACGCGAAAUGACAAAUUCACAACUGUCAUUUUCUAGCGCGGGAGAAGGGGACGCGAGUUUGGGUGGAGUGAUGGGGGAACUUGUGAUUGGUGACGAAUCAGCCGUCAUGACGCCACCGGCUAGUGACUCCAACUUUCUCGCAGGGGAAGGAGCUCUGGUUGAGUUGACGACAGAAACCGCACCCUCCCUUUCGUCCACGCAGGAUCCAUUCAUGUCCUGCAAUGGCAUGUCCCAGGGGUUUGUAGAACUGGACGAAGAAACAGAGCAGGCGCAAUCCGAUGCUCUGGUGCGCAAGCACGAACUCUGGCGUUUGCGGCAGAGACACCUGCGGGCACAACGAAGCGGAGAGGAGAGCAAUCCCCAGGUGAAGUUGGAAAAGGAUGAUCACCAGCACAAAUCUCUGUCAUCGACUUUCACCGGUACCACGCUGUCGACACUCUCCACGGGAGCAUUACAAGGCGUUGCAACGCAUGACGCUGACGGGGCUAUCGAUACCGUGCUGACGCACCGUAGUGCUCUGAAGCGGACCAUCAGCGCAACACUUGAGCUAUCCACUGAUCACAUCGACAUGAUACGCCGCGCAAACUCUUUCGACAACAUAUCUUGCCAGCGGAUUGUGGUUUUCGAAGCAAAGAAGGGGAAAUAA